AUGGAGCAGCGCUAUUCGGGCUUUAUUUUGGCCCUCCUCAUCACAUUCGCAUCAGCUGGUCCAAUAAACAUUGAGUUGUUUAAGGAUUCCAGAACAUGUGCGAAACGAUGUAUCGACAACCAUAAGUUCGACUACAAUGUUGGAAAUGUCUAUGUUUAUGAAUAUGAAGCCAAUUCGAAGACAGGCAUUGUUGGGGCCUCUGAAGAUUCGGCUUCCAUUCGCAUUAAGGCCACCGUCGAAAUCGAGGCGACAUCUUCGUGUGACUUUCAGAUGACGCUAAAAGAGGUUUCUUUGUUGGAUCCAUACCGAAGUCAAGAAGCAAGGUUUUCACCUUCUGAAUUCAGUGAGACAUUGGCUCAGUGGCCAUUACGAUUCUCUUUUCAAGAUGGCAGAAUUGAAGACCUGUGUCCAAACGCCGAAGAUCCAUCUUGGAGUCUUAAUAUCAAAAGAGGAAUUCUUUCCGCCUUUCAGAACUCCAUGACACGAUUUGACUUGGACCAAACUAUCACUGAGACUGACAUCACCGGCAGCUGUGAGACUAAAUACACAGUGUCUGAAUCCGGGGAUGAUACUAUUAUCAAAACCAAAGACUUCGUUAGCUGCAAACACCGACAAGGAAUACAUUCUACUGUCCAGUCUAUUGGUUACGAUACUGAUUCACAUAUCCAGAGCCUGGCCAUCAUGAAAAGCUCGUACAUUUGCACACAAAAGAUCAACGAAGAGAAAAUACUUGAUGAAUCCACAUGUACUGAGAAGCAUGUCUUCCGACCUUUCUCUAAUGGUGACAACGGAGCCUCAACUGUCAACACUCAGGAAAUGCGAUUCGUACGAACCAAAAGAGGAGGAAGAGCACGUCAAGACGAGAUCAGGCAGCGGACAGAUUUGCUGUUCUCGCACCAGUUCGGUGCCAGGAGCAGUGGAGACUCUGAAGACAAAAUCAAAACGAAACUUCAAGAUCUUUGCCAGAUUUCUCAGGAUGAUGUACGACCCGAGCAACCACAGCAUUUCAACGAACUCGUCAGAGAAAUGAAAAAGGCAGACAUCUCUACAUUCAAUUCCGUUUACAAACAAGUUAAGAACCAAAGAAUCUGUCGUGGAAACUCAGAGAAAAUCAUGAAAAUAUUUCGAGAUGCCAUUCCCAUGGUUGGAACUAGCAGUUCUCUGCAGUUAAUCAGCGAUUUGAUUUGGAAACGAGAAGUGACUGACACCGAGAAAGACAUGUGGCUUGCCUCUCUUGCUUUUAUCAAGAAUCCAGAAAAAGAAAUGAUCUCAGCAAUUCAGCCUCUUCUGGACGAUAAGAAUGUCGAAGGCAACACAAUUCUUUUAAUAUCAUCUCUGGUUAGUGGCUACUGUUCCGUGAAUCCCAAUUGUGGAGAUGUGGUCGAAGUUACUAAAAUAAUGGACACACUGGAACGAUUGAUUGGAAAAUGUUCAUCUAAAGGUCCGUUCGAAAAGACGGUGUUUGCUCUUCGUGCCAUCGGAAACAUUGGACACUCAAAGAGUAUUGUUCCUCGCUUGACUCAGUGCUUUACACGCCGUGAGAAUCCAAUUCAAAUCCGACUAGCUGCCAUUGAUGCUUUCCGGAGAAUUCCGUGCGACGUUAUGAGAGUCGAUCUGUUGGAUUUGUUCAACGAUAUCUCCGAAGAUUCCGAGUUACGUAUCAACGCCUACCUUGCUCUGAUGAAAUGUCCCCACAAGAACGUCUUGAUGCGUAUCAAAGAGGCACUGAGAAAUGAAAAAGCCAACCAGGUCGGCUCGUUUGUGUGGACUCAUCUCACUAAUUUGAAGGAGACAUCUGACCCUCACUUGCAGGACGUGCGAGCGAUUCUUGAAGACGAAGAACUGAAGAAGGAAUUCAAUAAAGACAAGAGGAAAUUCUCACGAAAUUACGAAGGUUCUUUCUUCUUUGACGAAUUCAACGUUGGAGGGAAAGUGGAUAGCAACAUCAUAUUUUCUCCCAAAUCCUUCGUACCACGUUCAGCCAAUCUGAAUCUUACUGUCGAUCUUUUCGGUCGGGCAAUUAAUUUCUUUGAAUUUGGAACAAGAAUGGAAGGAGUUGAACGUUUCUUGGAGCGUUACUUUGGAAACGGUGGUUAUUCCAAAAGUAAAAGCAAUUCUGGAACAAGCCAAAAAUCGCAGAUAGGAACAUUCGACAGCCAGUAUAAAGUGGACAUUGAUACUUUGAAAGGAUUUGCUUAUAUUCGAAUGUUUGGAAACGAACUCGGAUUUUGGCAAUUCGAAGAUCCGAAUUUAUCUUUCUUCAAAAAUUUCGACACCAAGAAAUGGGUCAAAGACGAGAAGAUUACUUUCAGCAAGAACAUGGCUUUAAUGGAUACGCACUUAAUUGUCCCAACGAUUAUGGGUUUGCCACUUAACCUGACUGUUGCUGCCACCGCCUCUGUCGAUGUAGAGGCGAUGGGUAAAAUGAACCUGGCUUCAUUAAAAAAUAUUGAAUUCGGUGGAAGUAUUAAACCAAGUGGUUCUGUAAAUGUGGUUAGUGAAAUGACCGUCGAUGCGUUCGCCACAAAAGCUGGGCUUCGCAUGAAUUCGAUGGCGCACUCCAGCACGGAAGCAAAAAUGAGUUUCAAGAUGAAAAACAGCAAAAUGUUAGAAUCAAAAUUCGAACUGCCGAAAAAGAGAAUGGAUAUCAUUACAUUUAAAUCUGACUUCGCCAUUAUCCAGGGUGACAUGGUCAAAAAACAGAAAAUGAUUGAGGAUAACCGAGUCAACAAAAACAAAUGUACGGGUGAGAAUUUUAACAAAAUUACAGGGAUGAAACUUUGCACCCAGUUUCAAUUUGCCAAUGCCUCAAUGAGACGAGAUGCGCCAUACUUCCCAUUCACCGGUCCCGUGAUGAUGCAAGUGGAACUCAUUAACCAAGAUGUACCCGACGGCUACAUGAUGAGAAUGCACAUGAACGAGGCAACACAAUCUGGAUUUGUAAUCGACACACCUAAUUCGAGAACCAAUCGAAAGAUUUCAUUUGAUUUUGAUGUCAAAAAUAUAGAUAAGAAGAUCGAAUUUGAUUCUCCAUGGAUGAAAUUAACCUUUAACGGCAAACUUUUAAAAAAUCGAAACAACCGUCUUCUCUCAGGUGAAGUUAUUUUGGACAACAAGAAUUCCAAAGUCUACAAAUACUCAGCUUCAUUCCAGCUGGAUUAUAUGUCGGUGAAAGGCAAAGCAACAUGGAAACCUAAGAUUGUUAUAAUGUCACCGACUAGAAAGAUGGUAGUCGAUGGUACUGUCACUAGGCUUGGAAAGGGUAUAGACGCUGACCUCAAAGCGGUUGGAUUCUACCGGGACGAGAUUUCUUUGAAACUGUCUACUGUGAUGUCCAAGCGAGAAUAUUCUUGUAUUACAACUUUACGAUUCGGUCCCAAAGAAUAUUACUUGAAAGCUAAAGUUGGUAUGCUUCCCAAAAGCAAAGCAGUACAAUACUCACCGGAACUUCUUUUCAUCGCGGGAGGAAAAGAACUCGUGAAAUUAAAAUCAUCUUUACUGUAUAAUCCAAAGUCAAAGAUUAUCAUCAACGUUAAGCUGGAUAAAGUUUUCUCCAAGAUUGUCGCCCUUAACAUGCGAAUAAUAAGGAGUAUGGCAAAGAAGAAAAAGAACCUCUUGCAUUUUAAUCUGAAGGGACCAAAUGUUCUGGUAAAUGUAAAUGGUCAAAUGGAAAUUAGUGUUAAACGAAUUACCACCAAAGUCACCUCUUCAUAUGAUAUUGGUAAUUACCAGGAUAAACUGAUAAUAUACAGCAAAUUACAAAAUAUGAGUACCAAAAGUACAGCCAUAUACGAUGGUGAUCUCACUGUAAACAGCAAUCAGAACAAAAAUCAUAACAUCGCAUUGAAAGGUCGAUACGGAAUAGCUAAAAAUCACUUUGAGAAAAAUUUCUAUUUCGAAAUAGGAAACCCGAAGAAAGAUUCCGAAAAGAUCUCAUUUGAAUCAAUACUGAACUUCCAUUUUAAACCAAUGAUAAAGAAUCUCAAGUACUCAAUGGCCUUGAAAAUACCGAGUAAAAAUGUGGACGCAGGGUUUAAACUGAACCACUUAAACUCACAGAAACUUCAAACCGUUAAAGUUGAAAAUGACAUGGAAGUUAAAUACGGCCCAGAUAAAUCAGCAAGCACUAAAAUCCAAUUCAACAUGAAGAAUAAGAAAAACUUUGAAGCAUCAGUGCUCCGCCGGUCCAAGAAUGCUAUUCUUGAUAUGACGUUGAAGUUCCCCUCACAGUCCAAGGGUGUGCGAUUAAAGACGGAACUCGAUUGGCAGAAAGGUGACACGUUAUUCAAAAGCAGAACAGAAUUUAGCAUGAACCAGGAUCCGAAUAACAUACUCACAGCACAAACAGAACUUCUGAAAGAUGACAAUAGCAAAUACACUCUAACGAUGGCUGUAAUGCAUCCUAAAAGUAAUCUUAACCUGCUGACGACCUUCCGCAUGUUUGAACUGAACAACAAGCUGACAGCCAGCAUGGACAUGAAGUAUGGAAACCAGAAUGCCAAUUGGAUGGCAUAUUUAGACAAAAAUAACAAUGAAGUCAGCAUGCAGAUGCGAUCUCCGAAACAUUCUCUAGAAUUAGUUGGUCAUUAUAUUAUGGAAGAUGAUUACGAAAUUUCCGCCAAAAUGCUCGAAGGAUCUGGAAGACCGAUGGAAGCUUACAUUAAUUUGUCUCCGUCACGAAAGAAUCUGAAAAUUCAAGUGGACUACGAGAGUAGCGGGCCAGAGAAAUCUUACCGCAUUGAUGGCAAUCUGAUGACAAACAAAUUGAUAAUGGUCGAAGCCUUCAAAAUGGACAACGAUGACACAAUGACGGAUGUACGAAUGGAUUUCAAAAUGGAAGAUUCAAAUAUUAUGCAUGGAAAGAUCGAAUGGAGACCAAAUAUGAUUGUCGAACUAAACGAAUACCUAUACAGAAAAAUGUUGGAAAAUACAAACCAGAUGAAGGCUAUAAUGCAGGAUUUCUAUAUAACCAUGUCGGAAGAAAGUAAAGUAUUGACGAACGCUUUGCGGAGAGCCUAUCAGCAAGAAAUUGGUGAAAUUGACAAUUACAUGUCGAGGGAGUUCAAUGAAAUUUCUCGUGAAACGAUGGAGAUGUUUCAGCACGUCAGUGAAAUGUAUGACCGCAAUUAUCUUAAUUUCAGAUCAACCUUUGGUCAUGUGUUAAAACUUUAUUAUGAGUUCGAAUAUAGACUGGUGCGUGCAAUAAGCUACUUUGAGUACCACUUCCGUGAAGGAUUUAUGCAUUAUUACAGAAUGCUUAUUCCAAAGAUUAGAGAAGCAAUGACGAAAUAUAAUCAACUAUAUCAGGAGUCUUACAGAAAAUUAGCUUACGACAUUGAGCAAGCCAAAUUAUAUGUCAUGAACAAGCUGACGAGGUUGAAUAAACAGUGGGAAAGAACUCGAGACGAAUAUUUGCGAAAGCUCAAUGAACUUAACAGAAGAACAUAUCAAGCGUUUUUCAAUCACAAAUACACAAAGGCAUUCAUGAUGGCAAUAAAUCACAGAUGGGACGAUCUGGUUGAUUUUCUGAGAAGAAAUCAAAUGAUGAAACCAGUCUCGGAUGCGAUUAGCUAUUUGCAAACGAACAUGAAAGAUUUCAAUGAGCAAAUGGAACAAUUGAUGGAUAAGAUCAAAAACCAUCCCGCCAUGAAUGAAAUCGUUUCCGCCAUGAACGAACUCUAUCAACAGCUUGUUUGGGCUUACAAGUAUUGGGAAAUUGAAGAGACAGUAAGGAAUUUAGACGACAAAGUGAAAAAUUAUAUUACCAGCACGGCGAACCAUUACCGAGAACUGAUCUUUAGCAUGAACCAGGUGGAACUCAUUACAUUUGACUUGCGUAGAGGCGAGAUUGAAUUUAAGAUGCCAGUUGUGGUGCCAAUGUUUAUAAUGAAAAACAAGGAGAAGGCAGAGGAAUUUUGGAAAAUGAUGAAGGUUACCGUGAACAAGUUCAAUGACUGGCAAAUAGAGUACAAUUUCACAAUUGCCGACUUCUAUUAUUCUAUGAAGCCGUCUUCAAAUCCUGCCGACUGGAUACCGCCAUUUAAAGCUCAAGCGUCGAUCUUUAGAGAUCAACACAUCACAACAUUUGAUGGAACGCAUUUGGACUUCAAAGGAACCUGCAGUUACAUUUUGACACGGGACUUUGCCGACAAAAGUUUCGUUGUUAUUGCCAACUUUGGUCGCAUCAACAAUGAUCAGAAGAUUGAAUCCAUCAUUUUCUACGAUAGAUCUGAAAAAUUAGAAAUAUUCCAUGAUUACGAGAUUCGACACAAUGACAACAAAGUGGAUUUACCCAUCAUUUUGAAAGAUGUAUCGAUUAACCGCAUCGGCCAUAUAUUGGAAAUACGCAGAAAUAGUGGAUACACCAUCACUUUCAUUCCAAGCCAAGGAACAGUCGUUGUAGAUAUCAGCGGUUGGUACUUUGGAAAAGUAGCCGGAUUGCUUGGCACUUACAACAACGAACAAUUUGACGAGAUGUUAACGUCAGAACAACGUCCAGCGAGAAAUGUUGAAGAAUUUGCUUUCUCGUGGGCAAUGCCCAUAUGCAGAUCACGUCAGAACUAUGCCCAUCCCGAACGCAAAUUCCACAGAUGCACUGAUUGGUUUAUCAGUUCAUACUCCCCAUUUAGGAGCUGCUUCCGACAGGUUGAGCCUGACAGUUUCUACCACGCUUGCAAUACAGGACAUGCUCCCCCAGUAGACAUUUGCACUGUGGCACGAUUUUAUGUUGACCGUUGCAACGAAAAGGGUGUACCAUUGAAUAUACCGAAGCAAUGUUUGAUGUGCAAAACGAAACUGGGACACGUGAUCUUGCCUGGCGUAGAAGUUCAAUUUUCGGACAACCUUAGAGGAGACGAAAUCGAACAUUCGGCUGACAUUGUGUUUGUGGUGGAAAAACGUAAAUGCAAUGAGAAAAGUAUCGCCGAUUUGAAUAGAAUUAUUCAAGAACUUGAAGAAACGCUGAGAAACAUUGGAAUGACAAAUAAUCGUUAUGGCUUGGUAGGAUUUGGUGGAGAAAAUAUCCGCGGAGAAUAUUCUAUAACAAUUAAAUCUGAGUUGAUGGCCACCGCUGGUCUAAUCAUGAAUGAAGUGAGAAAACUUGACUUAUACGAUGGCUACAGCAAAAUCCAUCCCUUGAAAGCCAUAAGCCUUGCCGCUCAAUACCCGUUCCGACCAACAGUCCGCAAGGCAAUCAUCCUUGUCACCUGCAACAUGCUCUGCAAUCGAAAGAUCUCCUAUCAGCAAGUGUUGAAUCAGCUGAAAGAACAUGAUAUUGCUUUGCAUCUUUUACAGGAAUAUGAUUUUGAAAUGUUGGGCAAUAAGAGCCCAAAGACGACGAACCUUUAUGGUAUUGACAGUAAACAAGUUUUUACUAAAACAGAUAACGAUGCUAAGGAAAAAAUGUUUGAAACAAUCAAAUUGCCAAGCGGUGAUUGUGCAGAAUUGGCUCUUGCUUCAAACGGAUCAGUCUUUGAUGCCGCUAAAAUGAGCCGAGGUGAUAAAUCGAUUUUUGUCAACAGAUUUACUCAGCGUAUCACGGAUUCUUUAGAAAUGGUCAACUGCCAAACGUGUGUCUGUAGCCAAAACAAAAUGGGAAUGGCCCAGUCAAUCUGCACAAGAUGUCCUUCCAUCCCUAAAAAAGAUCCUCAGUUCAUCAACGAAACAUAUCAAAUUGAAUUUAUUUACAACUUGUUUUACGAUAUCUAUCUCAGUCUGUUUCUAUCUAUCUAUCUAUCUAUCUAUCUAUCUAAUGCUUUUUCCGGUUUCCUCGUCGCUAUUUUUCCCAUAACACUAUUCCAUUCUGUUAACAUCUAUCUAUCUAUCUAUCUAUCUAUCUAUCUAUCUAUCUAUCUAUCUAUCUAUUUCAGUUUGUUCUCCUAUCUAUCUAUCUAUCUAUCUAUCUAUCUAUCUAUCUAUCUAUCUUCUCAUGGAUUAAAGAUUUCAGCAACUAAACAUAUAUUGGGAGAGUUUCAAGAAGAACCCCAGAGAAGAAACCAAACAAACAGAAGAAUAACAUUCGAAGCAAAAGGAGGAGUUCAUUCGAUUUUAUAUGCAAACAAAAAAGAAUGGGAAUAUCUUCCGGUUUCGACUAUGGAAGCUGCUAAGAUAAUCGGAAACAUAAUUUUUGCGUUGCUGCAAUGUGUCAUUUACACGGUUGCCGACUGCUAUCCCAGAGAAUUCAAAAUGUUGACGGGAGGAUACAACAUUUAUAUGCAGAGUGGCUUUCAGCCGGUAUUUAAAAGGGUGAAGCUGAAUGAUAUAAGACAAUGUGGCCAAUUGUGCGCGGAGAAGUACGUCUGCAAUGUUUGGCGAUAUGAUGGCGGAGACUGUCAAAUUUUCCACUUCAUGAAGGACAAUGUGACAGCGAUAAAAUCCUCAACUCUAACAACAAAGACAUAUUAUGAAUCAGGCGAAGAUAGCAAAUGGAUUGAAAUCUAUUCUGUGGCAAGCAGUAGUGGAAUCAAUGUUUUUUCAACCUUUUUGGGAAAUGGAGACUACAAGAAUUUGGGGAUAAUGACCUGCCUUCAAUCAUAUUGUCCCAAAUUCUUUCGUAGUUCUUUGAUUAAUGCCUGGGAUACUCUGCCAAUAUCUAAAGUAAGGUGA